AUGCAAACGCUGGCUUCUAGGCGGGGGCAAUACCGCUCCGAAUGGGGCGCAGUCGAGCGUCUGUUCCAAAGACCUUGGUGGAGACGUGUCUGGACCGUUCAGGAGCUUAUUGUUUCGAAAGCCGUUGUUUUCCGCUGUGGAAGAAGCACCCUGGACGGAGACACAAUGAGAAUGGCAAUCUACGCGAUCUGGAUGUGCCACAGAGCAAGUGGUGUUUUCCGUUACGACGCUCAAUGGAACCGCAAUCGGAUCGUUGAACGUCGUGAGCAUGCACACACGGCAGACCCCUCCUUGACAGCUCUUUUAGCGUAUCUAGGGGACCACUUCUCCACGGACCCUCGAGAUCGGUUGUAUUCGCUCUUGGGCCUCGUUCGAGAUCCUGACCUCAUCGACAGCUCCAGUUACGAUAUCACCGCUCCAGCAUUGUACACGAAGUUCGUCAAGUCUUUCAUAGCGAAAUACCAAUGCCUGGACAUAAUUUGCUUCGUUACAACCUUCCAUGGCUCCGGUGGAUCUGUCGGUCCACUUCCAUCGUGGGUUCCUGACUGGAGCGUACCUGCUACACCCUUGGUUGCGCCACUCAUGGUCAGCCAGGGUGCUCGACAAUGCAUUGGAAACCUGCGACCAUUUUGGGCGAAGAGGCUUUCAGCCGAGUACUUUGCGUCAGAUGGUGGAGACAUGCGCAUUUCGUUCUUGCGAGAUGACCAAGAGUUGACUUGCCACGGUGUUCUGCUAGGUACCAUCGACGGGCUAUCCAGUGUAGCCAAUUGGAUGGCCCCCAGAACAGAUGAGAACCGCAAGACGGAUGCUCUAGUCCAAGCGACGCCCCCUUCCGCCUCGGGCCCACAUUCAGCCAUCGACAUCACCAAAGCCAUCAUGCGCUGCCUAGUGUUAAAUCGACAAGACCACUACUUCAGCCACAUCGCGCCAGAAGAAGAAUACUACAACGGGCUCCGCUCCUUAGUAGACGAGGCAACAACCCCAGGCAGCAAAACGCACACACACUUCACAUCAUGGUUCCUCGCCAACCGGACAUUUCAAAUAAGCGGCCUUUCUCUCGCCAGCAUCUUCGCCCAAGCUUCCAGCACCCGCCAACCCAGCGCACACAACUUCCUCGGGCGCUCGGAACGCUACACGUUCGCUUCGCGGUUCCAUGACACCGUGAUCAAAAUGGCGAGACGGCUUGUUGUCACUGAGAACGGUCUCCUGGCGAUGGUCCCGAGGAGAGCGAAACAGGGCGACGUUAUUGGCAUACUGUACGGGUGUAGUGUUCCCGUCGUGCUCCGGAGAGCCGCAGGGACAGCCGCAGGGACAGCCGCAGGGACAGAGCAGUACAUGCUUAUCGGGGAGUGUUACCUCGAUGGCUACAUGAACGGCGAAGCACUCCAUGUAUCCAGGCCCCCGUCGUUUGAGGAAACAGUUUUUAAACUUGUCUAA